CCUAUUGGUCACUGACGCGGAAGUACAAGCAGCACUACAUGCUAACAACAACAAGCAGUCUGUCCGGACUUUCUUUAUGAAUUUCUGAUCUUUUGGGACUUCUCAAACGCCAUGGCUUUACCGGCCCCUCUGAAAGCCGUGCAGCACCACCUCCGGACCGCCCAGGAGCACGAGAAACGGGACCCGGUCGUGUCUUAUUACUGUCGUCUGUACGCCAUGCAGACAGGGAUGAAGCUGGACAGUAAGACUCCGGAGUGCAGACAGUUUCUGGUGAAGCUCAUGGACCAGCUGGAGACAAUGAAAAAGGAGUUGAAAAAUGAAGACUCCAUAACACAGGAGGUGGUGGGGAAUGCUCACAUCGAAAACUACGCCUUAAAAAUGUUUCUCUAUGCGGACAAUGAAGACCGAGCUGGGCGCUUUCACAAGAAUAUGAUAAAGUCCUUCUACACGGCCAGUCUGCUGAUUGAUGUCCUAGCUGUGUUUGGGGAGCUGUCAGAAGAGAACAUCCAGCACAGGAAGUACGCGCGCUGGAAGGCCACAUACAUCCACAACUGCCUGAAGAACGGGGAGACGCCGCAGUCCGGACCCAUUGGCAUGGAGGAUGACGAGGAAGCAGAUGAAGAAGGAGCCACAGGAUUCUCAGGCUUCUCGCAGUAUGGCUCGUUCAGAGGCGGAGCUCCUUCACAGAACUACGAGGACCAGGGCUUUGGAGCAGGCCCGGGCGCUGGUCCAGGCAUAGGCUUCAGUGCAGAUCCACCCCCCUCUGGCCCCCCCUCUGGUCCUCCCUCCGGACCCCCCAGCAUCAACUACAACAACAUCCAUGUCCCACCAGGAGCACACGCACCUGCCAACACUCCUGCUGAGCUGCCCCCACCCUCAGAGCCUCCAAAACCAGUGCCUACACCCAGAACGAUGCCUGCUCUCGACCCUGCUCUGCUAAACGCCCAGCCACAAGGUGGCGUGUCUCUCUCUGCCGAGGACUUCACUCGGGCUCAGAAAUACUGUAAAUAUGCCGGCAGUGCCCUUCAGUACGAGGAUGUGUCCACUGCCAUUCAGAAUCUGCAGAAGGCUCUCAAACUGCUCACCACUGGGAAAGAAUAAAGCCUCUGUCUUUCCUCUAUCUCCCAUCUCCAUCUCCUAAGCCCCUCCCCCAACACGCCUAGGCUCCGCCCCCAACACGCUGCCUCACGACCAGUAGACACAGACACUGCUCCAGGCUUACACACAAUGCCCCAGUGUCCCAACAUGGAGUUAAGAAGACAAGACAAAGCUGCAAGACGAUUGGCUGAAAUGUGACAUGUGACCUCUCCGAGUUGUUAAGCAGCAUAUGAAGGUCAGGCAGAUAUUCAGAAAUAUUCGGUGUCUUUUUACUGAAGAAAACGCCACUGUGAGGGUCAUUUAUACAAAAUACAAUACAAAAAAUGAUUGGUUUACAAUUGCUGAAAUUUGUACUAAAAUAAGGAUUAACAAAACUCAUUUAGUUAGGUUGCAAAACCCAUAUUGUAGACUAAAAUUACAUAUGCUAAAUUAUUUUCACUAUAUGUUAUCUUUCAAUCAAACUAAUUCACUAAAAAUUACCAAAAAAAUAUUUUCAAAUUCUCUUCCCUUGAAAAUACUUUGUUAUACUACUUGAAAUAUAUUAUGACCAUUAUUCGUUUGUCUUUACAAAUCAUAUCACAGGUUGAGGAGAUGAUUGUAUUUAAGGGGGACUUGAUUCUUUCAUUGCUGGGGUAGUUUGCAUGGGACAUAUCACUGUGUCUUUCCCCCUUUAGGAUACCUACCUUUAUUUAACAUUUUCUGCAUUGGUGUAAAGACUCAAUCUGUUCGAGACAUUUACUGAUUUGAAUAAAACUUCUACAUUCUCGUC